CCGACAGUGCCAUCAGAAAGCCUGCCAGCCAGUGUACAGAAGAGACAUACGGUGAGAACAGUCUCAGAAAGCGUCUAUAGCAAGCAAGUUAAGCUAGUAGCCUACGAAAAGCAGCAAGUCGCGCAAGCCAGAGGAAAUAACGAUUUACAGGACUGGACCAAAACCCCCCUGAGACAACGACAGAGAGUAAAAGAAAGAAGAGGCCGGAAGCAGAGGAAGAGAAGCCGUACAGAGGACACCCUGUACUUUGUGUGUCCCAUGCUCCUGGGAGAAAUUUCCUGUAGGCCCCAGAUCCAGGAUCAGCUGCCCCUCCUCCAAUCUUAAUCUUAAUCAUAGGAGGGAAGCACACAACUGAACUAAAAUCAGCAUCUAGAGGAUAACUUCCUCCUAAUCCUGGCGUUUCCUGGCGACAGGUGUUAUUGAUCUACUUCCUGGUUUAGCGAAAGGAGCCACUGCUGAUAGGCUACCAUGCACCGCUUAAGGACUACGGUUGUUAGGCUAGGGCCUAUCACGGCCACCCAGACAGCCAAGAGCCAAUCACAAGCCAGGUCGGCGGCAGUGGGAGGGGCUUUGAGGACGUUUCAGCCAAUAAGGAGUUACACUGCGUCAGUGUCGGCCGAGCCUUUUCUGAAUGGGACCAGUUCUAAUUAUGUGGAAGAGAUGUACUACGCAUGGCUGAAGAACCCUAGGAGUGUACACAAGUCGUGGGAUAUUUUCUUCCGGAAUGCCAAUGCGGGGGCGCCACCAGGCGCAGCCUAUCAGAGCCCUCCUCCUCUGGGUGGUGCUGCUCUGGGAUUGGCCAACGCCCAGGCGAUGGUCGGGGUGCAACCUAACGUGGAGAAGCUAGUGGAGGACCAUCUGGCUGUACAGUCGCUUGUACGGGCAUACCAGAUUCGGGGUCACCACGUGGCACAGCUGGACCCUCUGGGCAUCAUGGCUGCCAUCGACCCAGGCCCUCCCCCCUCUGACAUCAUCACCUCCAAUGACAAACUGGACCUCUCUGGGUAUAAAGAGCGUCUGUAUGAUCUCACUGCUGAAGAGUUCUAUGGUCUGGAUGAGUCCGACCUGGACAAGGUUUUCCGGCUCCCCACCACCACUUUUAUAGGUGGCAGCGAGAGCGCUCUGCCCCUCCGAGAGAUCAUACAGCGCCUCGAGAUGGCGUACUGUCAGUCUAUCGGAGUAGAGUUCAUGUUCAUUAAUGACCUGGAGCAGUGCCAGUGGAUCAGACAGAAGUUUGAGAGGCCAGGCAUCAUGCAGUUCACCCUGGAGGAGAAGAGGACCCUGCUAGCCAGAAUGGUUCGAUCCACCAGGUUCGAGGAGUUCCUGCAGAGGAAAUGGUCAUCAGAGAAGCGUUUUGGCCUUGAGGGCUGUGAGUCUCUCAUCCCAGCCCUGAAGACCAUCAUCGACAAGUCCAGCAUGAACGGAGUGGAGAGCAUCAUCAUGGGCAUGCCCCACAGGGGGAGAUUGAAUGUGUUGGCCAAUGUGAUCCGUAAGGAGCUGGAUCAGAUCUUCUGUCAGUUUGACUCCAAGCUCGAGGCUGCUGAUGAGGGUUCUGGAGAUGUGAAGUACCACUUGGGGAUGUGGCACCGGAGGAUCAACCGGGUCACUGAUAGGAACAUCACACUGUCACUCAUGGCUAACCCCUCCCACCUGGAGGCUGUGGACCCCGUGGUGCAGGGCAAGACCAAAGCUGAGCAGUUCUACUGCGGGGACACAGAAGGCAACAGGGUAAUGUCCAUCCUACUCCAUGGUGAUGCAGCUUUUGCAGGCCAGGGGGUUGUCUAUGAGACCUUCCACCUCUCUGACCUGCCCUCCUACACCACACAUGGCACUAUCCAUGUGGUGGUCAACAACCAGAUUGGUUUCACCACCGACCCCAGGGUGGCGAGAUCAUCCUCUUACCCUACAGACGUGGCCAAAGUGGUCAACGCCCCCAUCUUCCAUGUCAACGCUGACGACCCCGAGGCUGUCAUGUACGUGUGUAAUGUCGCCGCCGAGUGGAGGGCCACCUUUCACAAGGACGUGGUCGUCGACCUGGUGUGUUACAGGCGUAAUGGCCACAAUGAGAUGGACGAACCCAUGUUCACCCAGCCGCUAAUGUACAAGCAGAUCAAGAAGCAGAAAGGAGUCCUAAAGAAAUACGCUGAGAAGCUCAUAGCAGAGGGAGCUGUCACCAGACAGGAGUACGAGGAAGAGAUAGCCAAGUAUGACAAGAUCUGUGAGGAGGCUUAUGCUCGCUCCAAAGACGAGAAGAUUUUACACAUCAAACACUGGCUAGACUCACCCUGGCCCGGUUUCUUCAACGUGGAUGGCCAGCCUAAGAGUAUGACCAGUCCGUCUACAGGCCUGACUGAGGAAGAGCUGGGACACAUAGGACACAUCGCUUCAUCUGUCCCUGUGGAAGACUUCACUAUACAUGGAGGUCUGAGUCGUAUACUAAAGGGUCGUGCAGCGAUGGUGGGCCAGCGUGUGUGUGACUGGGCUCUAGGAGAGUACAUGGCUUUUGGCUCGCUUCUCAAGGAAGGAACACACAUACGUCUCAGCGGACAGGACGUGGAGAGAGGAACCUUCAGUCACAGACACCAUGUUCUCCAUGACCAGAAUGUAGAUAAGAGGAUCUGUAUUCCCAUGAACCACAUCGCUCCUAACCAGGCUCCAUACACUGUCUGUAACAGCUCUCUGUCAGAGUACGGAGUACUGGGUUUCGAGCUGGGUUUUGCCAUGGCCAGUCCCAAUGCUCUGGUUCUGUGGGAGGCCCAGUUUGGAGACUUCCACAACACAGCCCAGUGUAUCAUAGACCAGUUCAUCUGCCCAGGACAGGCCAAGUGGGUCAGACAGAACGGAAUAGUCCUCCUGCUACCCCAUGGCAUGGAAGGAAUGGGUCCAGAGCACUCGUCGGCCCGACCAGAGAGGUUCCUGCAGAUGUGUAAUGAAGACCCGGAUGCAUACCCUAAAUUCUCCGCUGAGGAGUUUGCUGUGCGUCAGCUGUAUGACUGUAACUGGAUCAUAGUCAACUGCUCUACACCUGCUAACUACUUCCACGUCCUCCGCAGACAAAUUCUACAGCCCUUCAGGAAGCCUCUGAUAGUCUUCACCCCCAAGUCUCUGCUGCGCCACCCUGAUGCCAAGUCCAGCUUUGACGACAUGCUGCCAGGUACCCACUUCCAGCGUCUGAUCCCAGACAGUGGUCCUGUGUGUGAGAAGCCAGAUGGGGUGAAGAGGAUUGUGUUCUGUACUGGGAAGGUCUACUAUGAACUGACCCGAGAACGCAAGAACAGAGGCAUGGAUGAUACUGUGGCCAUUGCACGCAUAGAGCAGCUCUCUCCCUUCCCGUUUGACCAGGUGAAGGUUGAGACAGAUCGUUAUCCCAACGCUGACCUGGUGUGGUGCCAGGAAGAGCACAAGAACCAGGGUUACUAUGACUACGUCAAACCCCGCCUCCGCACCACCGUCGACCGCACCCGCCCCGUUUGGUAUGCUGGUCGUGGGCCAGCAGCAGCUCCAGCUACUGGGAACAAAGCAGCUCACCUGGUGGAGUUACAACGCUUCCUAGAUACAGCUCUUAACCUAGAUGCAUUCACUGGACAGUCCUAACACACUUAUACCAUAAUCCCUAUGCCCAAUACCCCUCAAACUCAACUCUGGACCUCGAAGCCAGUUCCACUGCGUUUUUUCAUUGUCCCCCUCUAAUCAGGGACUG